AAUGACACUGAAGCGUGCAUCGCAUCACAGCGUGGCUUUGCUGUUCUUUGGUGGUGCAUCCGUACAUCCACGGCGUUUAUCACUGUAUCGGAUUCGGAGGAACUCUUCUUUCGCCGUCGUAUUUCAACAAUCCAAAAUCCGAUUGACCCGACCCGAUCCAUCUUGACUCGGGCACUUGCUAUAUCUAGGUUGGUGGAGUUUCUAUACUCCAUCCAGUGGGCUCAUCAACUUCCCCUUCGUCAUGCCAUUUUUCUGCUACGCCCAUUCCAAAUUCCAAUACCAAUGCCUUUUUCACCAACUCGGUUGUGCUUGUACCGUAUCUUGUGUCUAAAAGGAAUAUGCUGAAGUCUGGUUGAUUAUCUGUGUGGGAGGUUGUGUGCUGGAUAGUAGGGCUCCAAUGGAUCACCAAUCUGGCCCGGGAUUUGAUUCAGAUGAUAGUGACCUUGAUAUACAAGUAGAAAUUAAUGAGAAACAUGAAAAAGUAGAAGAUGAGUUUUCUAAAAACCUAGAAUUAUGUGAAAUUGAAGAUGAAAAGUUUGUGGAACAACCUUUAGCAGAGAUAUCAGCAGAUACAGAAGCUGUAGAACCAUUCAUAGGCAUGGAGUUCAACUCAAGAGAGGAAGCCAGAGAAUUCUAUAUCACCUAUGGUAGGCGGAUAGGAUUUACAGUACGAAUCCACCAUAACCGUCGUUCACGAGUAAAUAACCAGGUAAUUGGUCAAGAUUUUGUCUGCUCAAAAGAAGGCUUUCGUGCAAAAAAGUAUGUACACAGAAAAGAUAGAGUGUUACCUCCUCCACCAACCACACGUGAAGGUUGUCAGGCCAUGAUAAGGUUGGCUUUACGAGAUGGAGGGAAAUGGGUUGUCACCAAAUUUGUGAAGGAGCAUACUCAUAAACUAAUGAGUCCUAGUAAAGUUCCAUGGCGUGGAUCUGGGAAGCAUUUGGUUAGUGAGGAUGAGAAAGAUAAGAGAAUCCGUGAGCUAUCACUUGAGUUGUACAAUGAAAGGCAAAAGUGCAAACGACGUUGUGCUGCAUAUGAAGAGCAGUUAAAUACGAUUCUGAAUGAUUUGGAAAAGCAUACAGAACACAUCUCUGAGAAAGUGGCUUCUGUAGUUCGAAGCAUAAGAGAGAUUGAGGAGGAAAAAUCAGAUUCGGAGGGCAGGUAAUUAGUGCCAUUAGGCAUGUUUCCUUGUUGACCACCAGACGUCCUGGUUGAGAUUGUUAAGAAGCCUAUUUGACAUUUGAAGGUUCCUAACAUAAUUCUGUUUGAUAUUUAGAUGUGAAUCGGCUUGAAGUAGUGUAUUGGUUACAUUCAAAUUCAGGCAACAUAUAGUUUACCAGGAAAUUAAUUUCUCUGGUUGUAUCAUAUAGGUUUUAUACACUUCUAUUCUUUCUGAAAAGCUACCUUUG